UUGAACUUGUGUAGCCAGCUCCAGCUCGGACCAGCAGUCAGUCAGUCAGUCAGUCAGCAGUGGGUUCGGCUGCCGCAUGGCUACUGUGUAAACUUUUUCCCCCAGCAACAAGUGGAAGCCGCGGGAUAAAGAAGGAGAAGAAGCAGACGCUCGGAGAGGCUGCGGGACAACAACUAGGAAGAGGUCUCCUCUAUGAAUGUGGAACCUGCGCUCCGCUGAUCAGUGUCGUUCCCCACUCGUGCAUGUUCAAACCAGAGGAGAGCUCUGGUGCCGUGUGUCGGCCAGACGACUAGUACAAUCGAGUGGCAACAGCAGUCCGGAGGCAUGAUUUUGAGACGGGGCUCGGUGGUCGCUGCCUUUUUGCUGUGCUUUCUAGCCAAGGUGUCCCAGGGAACUGGACAAUUCGAGUUGCAAAUCUUAUCCAUGCACAAUGUGAACGGAGAGUUGCUGAGCGGCAUGUGUUGUGACGGCGCGCGGAACAUGGGGGAUAGAAAGUGCACGCGGGACGAGUGCGAUACGUUUUUUAAAGUUUGCCUGAAGGAAUACCAGUCGAGGGUCUCUGCUGCGGGCCCCUGCAGCUUCGGAAUGGUAUCUACGCCCGUCCUGGGAGGGAAUACCUUUUCUUUCAAGAGCUCUGUGAGGAAUGACAAAUCCCGGAUAGUUUUGCCCUUCAGUUUUGCCUGGCCGAGGUCCUACACUUUGAUAGUGGAAGCCUUGGACUUCAGCAAUGAAACCAGUGGCGCAGAUGGAAAAUUGAUAGAGAAAGGCUCCCACUCCGGCAUGAUCAACCCCAGCCCGCAUUGGCAGAAGCUGACUCACAAUGGCCCCGUGGCCCAGUUCGAGUACCAGAUCCGGGUCAGCUGCGAUGAGCACUACUACGGCUUCGGCUGCAACAAGUUUUGUCGGCCACGGGAUGACUUCUUCGGGCAUUACACAUGCGACUACAAUGGAAACAAGACCUGUCUGGAAGGCUGGUCUGGACCUGACUGCAACACAGCUAUAUGUCGACAAGGCUGCAGCACUGAACAUGGAUCAUGUAAGGAGCCAGGUGGAUGCAAGUGUCUGUAUGGAUGGCAGGGCCAGUAUUGUGACAAGUGCAUCCCCCACCCAGGAUGUGUUCAUGGCACCUGUGUGGAGCCCUGGCAGUGCCUGUGUGACACCAACUGGGGCGGCCACCUUUGCGACAAAGAUCUGAACUACUGUGGAACUCAUCAGCCAUGCUUGAACGGAGGGACGUGUAUCAACACGGGACCUGACAAGUACCAGUGUACCUGCGCUGAUGGUUACUCUGGUGCCAACUGUGAGAGAGCGGAACAUGCCUGUCUAUCCAAUCCAUGCUCUAAUGGAGGGAGCUGCUCAGAAACCAGUCAAGGCUACGAAUGUCAGUGUGCGCUCGGCUGGAGCGGCCCCUCCUGCACCAUCAAUGUUGACGACUGCUCUCCAAACCCCUGUAACCAUGGAGGCACCUGCCAGGACCAGGUCAAUGGUUUCAAAUGUCACUGUCCCUCUCAGUGGACAGGGAAGACAUGUUUGAUUGAUGCCAACGAAUGCGAUAGCAAGCCCUGCGUCAAUGCCAACUCGUGCCGCAACCUGAUUGGCGGGUACUUCUGCGAGUGCGUCCCUGGUUGGACAGGGCAGAACUGCGACAUCAAUAUAAACGACUGCAAGGACCAGUGCCAGAAUGGAGGAACUUGCAAGGACUUGGUGAACGGGUAUCGUUGCGUGUGCCCCCCUGGCUUCGCCGGUGAGCACUGUGAGAGAGACAUAGACGAGUGCGGGAGCUCGCCGUGUCUGAACGGCGGCCACUGUCAGGACGAAGUGAAUGGCUUCCAGUGUCUGUGUCUGGCUGGCUUCUCAGGAAAUCUCUGCCAGCUGGAUAUCGAUUACUGCCUGCCCAACCCGUGUCAGAAUGGAGCGCCCUGCUUUAACCUGGCCACAGACUACUACUGCGCAUGCCCCGAGGACUACGAGGGCAAAAACUGCUCCCACCUCAAAGACCACUGUCGCACCACCACGUGUAAAGUGAUCGACAGCUGCACAGUGGCUGUGGCAUCCAACAGCACACCGGGAGGAGAGCGUUACAUUUCAUCGAAUGUGUGUGGACCUCAUGGCCGUUGCCGGAGUCAGGCUGGAGGCCAGUUCAGCUGCGAAUGCCAAGAGGGCUUCAGAGGCACCUACUGUCACGAGAAUAUCAAUGACUGCGAGAGUAACCCAUGCCGCAACGGCGGCACCUGCAUCGACAAAGUCAGCGUGUACCAGUGCAUUUGCGGCGACGGCUGGGAGGGCGACCACUGCGAGAUCAACAUCGAUGACUGCAGCACCAACCCCUGUCAUAAUGGAGGGACAUGUCGAGACCUGGUGACUGACUUCUUCUGCGAGUGUAAGAAUGGCUGGAAGGGAAAGACGUGCCACUCCCGUGAAAGUCAGUGUGAUGAAGCCACAUGCAAUAAUGGUGGCACCUGCCAUGACGAGGGAAACACAUUCCAGUGCAAGUGUUCUCCUGGGUGGGAGGGUGCGACGUGUAACAUAGGUGAAAGUCAGUGUGAUGAAGCCACAUGCAAUAAUGGUGGCACCUGCCAUGACGAGGGAAACACAUUCCAGUGCAAGUGUUCUCCUGGGUGGGAGGGUGCGACGUGUAACAUAGCUAAAAACUCGAGUUGUCUUCCAAACCCGUGUGAGAACGGAGGGACCUGUGUUGUGAUGGGGGAGUCGUUCACCUGCGUCUGCAAGGAAGGCUGGGAGGGUUCCACGUGCACGCAGAAUACCAACGACUGCAGUCCCCACCCAUGCUACAACAGUGGAACCUGUGUGGAUGGGGAUAACUGGUACCGCUGCGAGUGCGCCGCAGGCUUCGCUGGUCCAGACUGUCGGAUCAAUAUUAAUGAGUGCCAGUCCUCUCCGUGUGCCUUCGGCUCAAGCUGUGUGGACGAGAUCAACGGAUACCGCUGCUUGUGUCCACCAGACAGGACGGGGCCCCUAUGUCAUGAAGUGACGAGAAAACCUUGCUCUGUUAACGGACACGUCGCCCCUGAUGGACUCAAAUGGGAAGAAGACUGCAACACUUGCCACUGUGUCAAUGGGAAAGUCGUGUGCACGAGGAUGUGGUGCGGCCCUGCGUCCUGCAAGCUGGGUGUCAAAGGUCAAGGCGGGUGUCCCUCGGGUCAGACCUGCGUCCCCAUCAGGGAGGGCCACUGCUUUGUGAAGCCCUGCCCCAACUUUGGAGAGUGCUGGCGCUCCAACCCUCCCACGCCCCCCACCAAAUGCCACCCCAGCUCCAGUUACCAGGACAACAGCUGCGCCAACAUCACCUUCACCUUCAACAAGGAGAACAUGCCUCGAGGCUUGACCGUAGAGGAAGUGUGUAAGCAGCUGAGGCACUUGUACGUGGUGAAGAAUUUCUCCUUGGAGCAUUCUGUGUCCAUAACUUGUGACCCCUCAUUCUCAGCCAGCAACGAGAUCCACGUCUGCAUCGCAACAGACGACCAUCGCUUGGACCGGAGCCCCAUUAAAGAGAUCACAGACAGGAUAAUUGACCUGGUUAGCAAACGCAACGGGAACAACACCAUCAUCUCUGCCAUCGCAGAGGUGCGGAUGCCAAGCCCCAGCAAAACUGACUACCUUGUGCCCCUCCUCAGCUCCAUCUUCAUCGUCAUCUGGGUCCUCGUGCUGGUCUCAAUCUUGCUGUGGUGCAUGCGCCGUCGGCGGAAACAGAGCAACCACAACGGCGCGUCGGCCGCUGUCUCUGAGGACAACACGACCAACAACGUGCGGGAGCAGCUGAACCAGAUCAAGAACCCUAUAGAGAAGCAUGUGGGCCUCCCGGUGGCAAUCAAGGACUACGAAAACAAGAACUCCAUCAUUGCCAAAAUAAGGACAAAUCAUCCCGAGGGGGAUGAGGACGACAAGGAGAGGCACCUGCAGAAGGGCCGCUUUGCCAAACAGCCAGCAUACACACUGGUGGAGAGAGACGAGAAGACGCCCAUCUCCAACCCCAACUCCACGUCCAAACACCCUAAUUGGACUAAUAAACAGGAUAACAGAGACUUGGAGACAGCAAACAGCAUAAACAGGAUGGACUACAUUGUAUAGCAGACAGCUGUGUUGCCGUGCAACCAAGCCUUACGCCUUCACACCCCGGUGGUGGGUGAAACAGGGGGAGCAUCGGCAUGUUAGUAAACUGUCGUGUCAGUCGUGACCCCACAGUAUUUCCAGAUAUUCCCCGUGUUAAUUUAAGUUUUGACAAGCUGGCUUACACUGGCAGUGACAGUUGCUUCGGUUGGCUGGAAACACAAGGCACUGGUAAACAUUUCACUGUAGAACUAGUUGCAGAAGUGUCUUCCUAUGCAUUUCAUUUGUUUCCCUGUCUUCUUCUUCAUUUGUUUGUUUUAAUUUAGUGGACACAUGGAAGGGGCUCCUGGUGUAAUUGUUGUACAAUGACAAAAAAAAACUACGCGACGUGUUCAACACUAGAGUUAAUUAUUUUUAGUACGUGUUUGAAUUCUUUCUAGUUCCGUUUGGAGAAAGUGCCUUUUUCAGCUUUAGACUUCAGCAACUGUCAAAUGGAAAAAAAGAAAAAAAAAAAAGAUCAACUUUAUUAUUUAUUUUUAUUUUUCGGGUGGGGUUGGGGAGGGACGGGCUCAAUGUCAGCAGUUGCUGCCAAUAUGAAGAAUUUAUGUGUCGAUUUAGAACGUGUAGAUAUGUACAUUUUUUUUAUUAAUCAUUGUGUAUAUUUGAUUUAUUAACUUAAUAAUCAAGAGCCUUAAGAUAUCAUUCCUUUUUAUUUAUGUCUAGUUUGAAGGUUUGGAUAGCUGUGGAAGCCUACCAUUUCUUUCAGUGACUUCAUUUUUAUUUUUCAACAAAUUUCUAUUAAAGCCAAAUUUCAAAGAAGACAAAAAAAUAGGCACUUCAGGCCUGAAAGAAAUAACUUUUUUUUUUGUUUUGUACUUCCACACAUUUGACAUUUCAUUAUUUGUUGCCAGGACCUUGAUUGAAAGCAAGUGAGGUUAGGAUGACAAAAGCUCCCGGCUGCUGCGAGGGACGGACAUGGUGGCAGACAUAUUGCUUGCCGCUAAUGGUUAAAAUACUUAAGGGAACAAAAAUCCUUCAGCAGCUUCACUUUAACCCAACGACGUAUUUUUGAAGGCUGUCAAAUCCACCAGCUUGCAAUGUAAGUCACAUCAGUAGAGACACGCCAGAAUUCCCAUCUGCUUUAGUCAGCGUAAUAUCAUAAGCUAGACCUCGAGUACUUGAACAGUAGGGGGGCGAUGGGAACACUGUAGAGUCAGAUAAAAUACACUGCCUUGCUCUGCAAGAGUCUGCUUUGUUUCUGUGCACAUUU